UGUUUCCAAGAACGCAGCGACGCGCCAUGACGCUCCGCCGGACUUAAAAACUUUUUUUUAAGGAUUUCCGUUUUUACGCAACAAGCUCCGAGGCUGCUGAUUAUUUGCUGAGGCGGAAACGAGCAAGAAAAAGUUUCCUCAAAAGUUUGUCCUUUUUGUAUUUCAAGAUGCCACGAUCCUUUUUAGUCAAGAAACACAUAAACUCCGCAAAGAAGCCAAAUUACAGUGAGCUGGAAAGCCCAACAGUGUUCAUCACGCCGCACUUCUACAGGGGCCUCCCCAUCUCUGUCAUCCCCCAGCCGGAGAUCCUGAGCCCGGCUGCGUACAGCCCCAUCACAGUAUGGACCACCAGCAGCCUGCCGCUGUCCCCGCUGUCCAGUGACCUCUCCCCCAUCGGCUACCCCUCAUCCCUAUCCGACACCUCCUCCAAGGACCACAGCGGCUCGGAAAGCCCGAGGAGCGACGAAGACGAGCAGCUGCUGCCCAAACUGACGGACCCGAGCGCAGCGGACGCGGAGAAGUUCCAGUGCGCGUUGUGCAGCAAAUCCUACUCCACGUACUCUGGACUGCUCAAGCACAAACAGCUGCACUGCGACGCCCAGGCGCGCAAAUCCUUCAGCUGCAAAUACUGCGAGAAGGAGUACGUUAGUCUGGGAGCUCUCAAAAUGCACAUCAGGACUCACACCUUGCCUUGUGUUUGCAAAAUAUGCGGGAAGGCGUUCUCCAGACCGUGGCUGCUCCAAGGACACAUCAGGACGCACACGGGUGAAAAGCCUUUCUCCUGCCCACACUGCAACAGGGCGUUCGCAGACAGAUCUAAUCUCAGGGCUCACCUACAGACCCAUUCGGAUGUGAAAAAAUACCAAUGCAAGAACUGCUCCAAAACCUUCUCCAGGAUGUCUCUUCUGCACAAGCAUGAGGAAUCUGGUUGUUGUGCAGCACACUGAAGCUGGGAUACUUUUCCAUCACCAGCCACCAGCAACCCCCUCAUCUCCCUUUUUUCUGUUUCUUUAUUUUUCCAAGCCCAGGAAAUGUGUCAGGGAGUCACACCAAAGCAGAGGGAUGUGUGGGGGUGGGCGGGUGGAUUUGCUCACAUAUAUGCAGACUGUUUAUUUGUUUUGUCCUACU